GUGAAAAACAGGCGGUGUUGUUGUAACGUUCGAGCACGGGUUCUCCCAGGAAUGAGCACAGCAAUUCUCCCAAAAAUCACUUCACCAAAACAAUUUCCUUUUCAAUUCUCUUCCCAAACCCAAAUCCCUUUUUCACUUCUUAAUAUUAAUACAACAAAUCUCUCUUGUUUUCGCCGCCGAUCACCAUGGGUUGUUCGCAGUCCAAGAUCGAGAAUGAAGAAGCCAUCGCCCGUUGUAAAGAACGGAAGAUUCAUAUGAAGGAUGCUGUCACAGCUCGGAAUGCUUUCGCCGCCGCUCACUCUGCUUAUUCUAUGUCCCUCAAAAACACUGGUGCUGCUUUGAGCGAUUAUGCUCAUGGUGAGGUUCAAAAUCCCCAAUUUGUUUCUGUAUCUACUCAAUCCAAUCCUGGCGUUACUUCCUCUGCUGCCGCCCCCGUCACCGCCCCUUUUGAAUCCUUUCCUCCGCCUCCUCCCCCGUUGCCUCCUUCUAAUUUUUCUACUCCUCUUCAAAGGGCUGCCACCAUGCCUCAAAUGAAUGUGUACAAUCCCGAUCUCAAACCUGGGUCGCCUAUUAUGGAGGAGGAGGAGGAAGAGAUUGAUAACGAAGGCUCUGUUGGUGCGUUGAGGAGGAGUAGGAAUAAAAGUAAAGGGGAUGAAGGUAGUAGCCGAAUUAGAAAUUCGGAGCUUAAUGAAGAUUUGACCGGCGCGUCGCCGCCAGUGCGGCCGCCACCGUCUGAGAACCGGCAUAUUCCACCGCCACCGCAACAAAAUUCGACAUAUGAUUAUUUCUUCUCUGUUGAUAACAUACCCGUUUCGACUUUGAGUGAAGUCGAGGAGGUACAGAUUAACAAAGAGGAGAUUGAGCGCAAGUCGUUUGAUAAAAAGUCUAAGGGAGUGGAGAACGAUGUUAUUGAGGAGCGGCGAAUAAGUGGAAAGGCUGAAAAAGUGGAGGCAGUGUUGGAGGAGAGAGUGGAGCCGCCUCCAGCGCCGCCAGAAGUGGCGGAACCUGCGGUGGUGGCAAAGAGCUCAAAGAAGAUGAAACAGGCAGCAUCUAUGGGGUCCAUAGAGGGCAAGAGGAUGGUUAAGGCUAAUUUUAAUCUAUUGCAGAUAUUUAUAGAUAUCGAUGAUCAUUUUCUCAAAGCUUCAGAAAGUGCCCAUGAAGUGUCAAAGAUGCUUGAGGCGACCAGAUUACACUAUCAUUCCAACUUUGCCGAUAAUCGAGGUCACAUCGACCACUCUGCCAGAGUGAUGCGUGUUAUUACAUGGAACCGAUCAUUUAGGGGAUUGGCUAAUAUGGAUGAUGGAAAAGAUGAUUUCUAUGCAGAAGAGCAAGAAACUCAUGCCACCGUAUUAGAUAAACUAUUGGCGUGGGAAAAGAAGCUGUACGAUGAAGUGAAGGCAGGUGAACUUAUGAAAUUUGAGUACCAAAAGAAGGUUGCUACAUUGAAUAGGCUGAAGAAACGAGAUUCUAAUGCAGAAGCAUUGGAGAAAGCAAAAGCAGCAGUAAGUCAUCUGCACACUAGAUAUAUUGUUGACAUGCAAUCCUUGGAUUCAACUGUCUCAGAGAUUAGUCGUCUACGAGACGAACAGUUAUACCCAAAACUUGUUCAGCUUGUUAAUGGGAUGGCAAUGAUGUGGGAUACAAUGAGAGCCCACCAUGAAGCACAAUUGAAGAUUGUAAGCGCUCUACGAGCAAUGGACCUCUCUCAAUCCCCAAAAGAAACGAGUACUCAUCAUUACGAGCGCACGGUUCAGCUCUGCGGCGUUGUUAGAGAGUGGCAUUCGCAGUUCGAGAAGCUCGUGCGGUGUCAAAAAGACUACAUUAAAUCCUUAAACAGUUGGUUGAAGCUAAAUCUAAUUCCCAUAGAAAGUAGCUUGAAAGAGAAGGUUUCAUCUCCCCCAAGAGUUCAAAAUCCGCCGAUCCAGAAACUUCUCCUUGCUUGGCACGACCAGCUUGAAAGGCUCCCCGACGAACAUCUUAGAACUGCCAUAUUCACUUUUGGUGCUGUGAUAAAUACUAUUAUGCUGCAGCAGGACGAAGAGAGAAAACUGAAGCUAAAGUGGGAGGAAACCGAGAAAGAGCUCGACCGCAAACAGCGACAUUUCGAUGAGUGGCAUUACAAAUACCAGCAACGAAGGAUACCGGAUGAUAUGGACCCCGAAAGGUCGGAAGAGAGGACGCAGGACGCAGCCGUGACAGAGAAGUCAAUCGCGGUAGAGUCAUUGAAAAAGAGACUGGAGGAGGAAAAGGAAACUCAUGCGAAACAAUGCCUUCAUGUGAGAGAGAAAUCAUUGGUUAGUCUUAAGAAUCAGCUGCCGGAACUCUUCAGGGCUUUAUCAGAAUUCUCUUUCGCUAGUUCAGAGAUGUACAAGAGCUUGAGCUCUAUUUGUCAGGUCUAGAUUUGAAGCUACAAAAUUUCCUUGUAAGUUAUUGUAUAAUUUCCCUUUUCUCUUUUUAAAUUUACUUUUACCUUCAAACCAAAUUCUAUGGAGUUUUUGUGUUUAGCGUUUGGAACACUUAUUUUCAGUGGUUAGUAGUUACUUUUCUUUC